UCCCGCCGCCCCCGAUGUUGAGCUCCGGGCCUGCCGGCUGACAGUUGAGUAUGGCGGGAGCCGAGCGGGGCGGGGGGCGGCCGGCAGAGCAGGAGCCCGUGGUGUCGUUAGUGGAUGUGCUGGAAGAGGAUGAAGAGCUGGAAAAUGAGGCCUGUGCGGUGCUGGGCGGCAGCGACUCUGAGAAGUGUUCCUACUCGCAGGGCUCUGUAAAAAGACAAGCAUUAUAUGCCUGUAGCACGUGCACUCCAGAAGGAGAAGAACCAGCAGGAAUUUGUUUAGCAUGCAGUUAUGAAUGCCAUGGAAGUCAUAAACUAUUUGAGCUAUAUACAAAAAGAAAUUUUCGCUGUGAUUGUGGAAAUAGCAAAUUUAAAAACCUGGAAUGCAAAUUGCUUCCUGAAAAAGGAAAGUUAAAUUCAGGCAAUAAAUAUAAUGACAACUUUUUUGGACUGUAUUGCAUUUGCAAGAGACCUUAUCCUGAUCCUGAAGAUGAGAUUCCAGAUGAGAUGAUCCAGUGUGUAGUUUGUGAAGAUUGGUUCCAUGGAAGGCAUCUGGGUGCAAUUCCUCCUGAGAGUGGAGAUUUCCAAGAGAUGGUGUGCCAGGCUUGCAUGAAACGCUGUUCCUUUUUGUGGGCUUAUGCUGCACAAUUAGCAGUCACCAAAAUAGUAGCUGCUGAAGAUGAUGGGAUACUGAAUGUGGAUGGAACAGAAGACCAGAAAGUCAUUAAGGCUGAAAAUGGAGCAAAUCAUCUUGAAAGUAUCUCCAAAGAGAGUGUCCUAGGAAAGGGAAAAGACAUCAAAGAGGAGAGUAAGGCAGAGCAGGUUGAUGAGCCUUCUACAAGUUCUGGUUCUGAAUCUGAUCUACAAACAGUUUCCACAAAUGAACAUCAGAAUACAGAAGAAUCUCAUUCAGGCUGCAAACUACAAGAUCUGAGGACCAAGAAAUAUGUAAAGCAAGAUACUGCCACCUAUUGGCCUCAUAACUGGCGUAACAAGUUAUGUACCUGUAGUGACUGUAUGAAAAUGUAUGCAGAUCUAGAAGUCCUCUUUCUGACAGAUGAAUAUGAUACAGUCCUGGCUUAUGAGAACAAAGGCAAAAGUGACCAGGGAACAGAUAGGAGAGACCCCUUGAUGGAUACACUUAACAGCAUGAAUAGAGUUCAGCAAGUGGAACUUAUCUGUGAAUAUAAUGAUUUAAAGACUGAACUUAAAGACUAUCUCAGAAGAUUUGCUGAUGAAGGAACGGUUGUGAAGAGGGAGGACAUUCAGCAAUUCUUUGAAGAAUUUCAGUCAAGAAAGAGAAGGCGAUUAGAUGGGAUGCAAUAUUACUGCAGCUAGAAUGGCACACAUGAGCUUUUCAUUUCAGACCAAAUGGGAAUGCUGCUGUUCGAUGAAUAAAGGAGGCACAUUUCUAACUGUUUGGUCCCCUUUUCACCAUGCUCCUUUCCCAGAGGACUCUUCCAGCCUUCCGCUGUUACUACAUGCCAUUACUUUAGUGACCAGAAUGCAUAUUCUAAUUUCACUCCUAGUGAUCCUCAUUGUGAUUCAGUUCAGUGUAACUGGUUUGUUGACUCCCAUUCCCCACUCCCAGUGUCAAUCCUUUUUUUUUUUUUUUUUUUUUUUUUUAGGUUUUAGGGAGUUUGAUUUGGUUUUAAGAAAAGGUUGCCAGGAUAAUAGCCCCUUUUCUGCUGCCUAGUACUCUAAGCUGGGUAUUAACCCUAUUAAAUUUUGGUGGUUGUUUACAAAGUGCUUUGGAUUUUUGAUAUUAUCAGGGAUACUUAUAGGCCUACAUUGAAAACUGACCUACUUUGAUAUUGUCAUGUUUUAAAAAUGCUGUUAUCAGAGUCCCAGCAAAUUAUGUUCUUUCUAAACCUAUGCUGAAGCAAAUCUAUCUCUGGCAGACUGUCCUACUAGGAGUGAGCUUUGUGACCAGGGCAGUAUGUGCCCCAUGUGGAAGGGGACAGACUCUUAUGAAAAUGGAUAGAGGAAAGAUUUUGUGCUUAUGGAUGAUUUUUUUUUAAUGUAAAAGAAAAAUCGACACCCAGUUCCCUUUCAACUAUGAUGGCAUCUCCUCUGGAAGCUGGUCAAGUUUCUUACAUUUAUGAAACGUGAAGUUCCAGAGGAAACCAUUUCACUUAGUAGAAAGUUCCCUUUCCCCUCUCCCGCCCAGUUUUUGUGGAGUAAGAGCAUUCAUUGAGAAGUAUGUAGCCUCGAAUCAGUGCCUCCCUCUAUGUGAAUCAGAUUCUUCCUGGAAAUAGAUGAUGGAUGUGCUUUAGGACACAUUAACUGCUUUGGGCUUAUUAGGCCCUGUCGGCAAAACACAUGCUCACGUAGAGGCCACAUAGGUUCAGUAGGAACUUGGUAUUGGCAUGCCCACCGAUGUCUAGUAUCUUAGAGUGCAGUCAGGCAUUGGGCCUAGAAAGAAUGGAACCCUGCCUUUUCUAAUGGUUCUUGUGUUGGAGACAGUGGAGGGCUAGGUCUUUCGGCUCCAAGAUUCCUGUGUUUUCUGAGCCUCAGGAGGGCUUACCACACAGCCAUGGUACUUGGCAUUCCCUGUAAGAGUGAGGAUUCUGCAGGAGGCCCAACUUGCCAAGGCUCCUCAGGUGGCCUCACCUAGGUAUUCUCAGGACCUGGUUGACUAGUGGUUAUGGCUAGGACAGCCUAAUAAAGGCCUGUGUACUUUUAUUUUUCAAGUAAUAGGAUCAUAGAAUUUAGAGUUGGAAGAGACCUUUAAGUUUAUCCUAAAUCUAAGCAUCUUAUUUUACUGCUAAAAGGAAGUAAGGCCAGGGAAGUUAGGUGACUUGUUACAGGGUCACAGCAUAAGUAAACAGCAGAGCUGAGAAUUGAACUCAGGUCCUCUGACUCCAAAUUCAGUGCUCUUUCUACUAGUCUGACAGUUUGGUUUGUUUUAACCUGUUGGCUAAGACUAUAUCUCCGUGUGUACUACUGUGGCCUAAAAGUUUGCCUCUUUCAUUCAAUAAACAUUUAUUACAAAAGUA